AUAAUAGAGUUAAACAGCACUAUGAGUGAUUUUGUAACUGUUGUUGCGGUCAAUGCUGAAAAUGUGGAGAAUAAAUCUCACUUCAUAACUGUUUUAUCAAUCAACCACAACGAUAACAAUCAGAAUGAAGUAACACAUGCAGCAGAUCAAAAUGAAACCGAAAUUGUUACUGUCUAUAGACUUCCAGGAGAAAGAUUGGGAUUUGGAUUAAAGUUUCAAGGAGGAUCUAAUACCAGUGAAAAUUUGGAAAGGCUUUUCAUUCAGUCAUGUGAUCCUGACAGCCCCGCGUCAAAGGCAAGAGCUUCAUGGGGACCUUUAAGUGAAGGUGAUGAAGUGUUACAAAUUGACAAUGAACUUGUUAAGAACAUGACGAGAAUAGAAUGCGUUAAAUGUCUAAAAGAUAAGAACGUCGCUAUAAAUUUAUUAGUGAAAAGAAGAAUUAACGCACAUGGAAAAAGGAAUGAAAUUUGCUCGAGUUCUGCAAAAAAGCGUUCGAUUCCACCUCCGCCUCCAGUGGUGCCUCCGAGAAAAAUUAACAAAAAACCAAUCAUAGCUCAACAAGUUCAGAAUACAUUUUCAAUAAAAGAAAGUUUUGAAAUUCCAACGCCAGUUGCUGCAGAAAACUAUUUAAAUACACUUGAAGAUAUAAUAUGUCAUAACGAUGAAUCAGAUGAGACCGGAAGCACAAUUUCAUCUCAAAUCUCUGUCGUUUCAAAUUUUUCAUCAGAAUCUGAUUUACCUGUGCUGACAACGAACAUAAGCAAAAAUGAUUUCACAAAAAUACUUUCCAAACCUUUUCAAAAGAUUGAACAAGAAUUCAAUGUCUUCCCAUCUUCAAAAAAUCCACAACUAAAUAAUAUUCUAUGGACUCCGCUUGAUGAAUCUGAAAUAAAAUUACUUGAAACUGAUGAAAUGAGCAAAAAGGAUGAAAAAUCUCAUCAAUCGAUGUAUGAAAAUAUUGAUGUUAUGACUGACGGAAAAUCUUCUGUAUUACCGACACCUCAUCCUAGAUCAUCAUCAAUACACACAAAAAUGUCCAAAACUAGCUCUGAAGCUCCUAUAAAAACAGUUGAAUCAUGGCUAAAUGAUGCUAAAACAACGGAGAAACAUAAUAUAGAUAACAAUGAUAAGAGAAUUAAUUUACACUCUCAUGAACAAUCAUGGGAAUCUAUUGGAUUUGGAUGUUUCGCUGCCGAAGAUGAUGAUGAAGAUGAAAAACUGGGACCUCAUGAAUUGCUGAAUAUUUCUCAAGCAUACUUCAACUCUUCAUGGUGCUGUGCCAGCAGUUCAUCGGCAAAUAAUCUGCCAACAAUUGGAGAGGCCGAGGAAGAAUUUCCAUCUUUGGAACCUGCACGCGAACAGAACAAAAUAAGUACAGUUUCGAUCGGACCUAUCUUUAUCGUAAACGCUGAAAACGAAAGUGAAAAGGAAACAAACUUAGUAACACAGUAUGAUAACUUUGAAAUAAAUAAUAAUUUUUCAUAUCCUAAUGAAUCAAAAAAUAAUCAUUUAAAUGAUAAACGUGAGGAUAAGAUACAAAACGAAAGUCAAUAUUUAGUUCCUUGUCAUGUGCCAACAGAGAACAUAAGUAGUGAAAAGUAUUAUAAUGGUGUUGAAAAUGAGAAGGAAAAAUGUAUUGAAAACAUGAAUGAAAUUAUCCUAAGCAGAAGCUUUGAGAUGAACAGUGAAACAAAUGAAGAGCAACUAUUUGAAAGUAUUGGUGAAGAAAUUAAAUUAGAAAAUUUUGAAAAAAAGGACCUAAAAAAUGACUUAAAAGGACUUAAAAUGAAAAGCAUUUACAAUACUGAUAAAAUAAUGAUGCAAUCCGUGCCACCAACCGCCGCUUCAUCAAUCUCACAACAAACAUUGCAUUCUGAAACAAAAAUGAUUGCGAAAACAAAUGUUACUAAAACGUCACUAUCGCCUUGUCUUUAUCAAAAUUCGACAAAUAUACAAUUAGUGCCUUCAGCGAGUGACAAUAGUAACAUGGAAAAGCGUCGAAAUCUUUUGAAUGAACGGAGAUUCUUGUGGAACGAACCUAAUUCAAAAUUUGAAACAGAAAAUCAGGAUAAAACAGAUAUGACCGUAGCCGAUAAUAAAAGUAAUCAGUUACCUACGCAGUUGGUUAUUAAUAAAGCUACAGCCAUUGUUGCUCCAUUUGCUCCACGGAAAAUUUUGAAAAAUGAUAUAAAAUUGCCAACUUCAAAGCAAACAUCAAAGCAAACAUUAGCGUCACCGAUGAACCGCUUGCGCUCAUUUUAUUGGUAUAAUAAAGAUGAAAGAUCAGAGAAAAGUGUAAAAGAUAAAAUUGCGAUGUUUUCAAACUCAACAUCUGACAUCUCUCACAUUCUUCCAAAAACAUUUAAAAGCAAGGCACCGACAGAAGAACCAUAUAAAUUUCCCAAGAAUUUGUCUUCAUUUACUAAGAGUUCAAGUGACAUUAGUACCAUUUGUAUGAAUUUUGAUGAUAAGGAUGAGAAGAAAGCAAUGAGCGUUGAAAAUCUCUUUGCUGCUAAUGAUGACAUGAUCGAUAAAUCUGAAGAAAAAAAAAGAACUAACCAGGAUAAAAAUUGUGAAAAGUUUUAUUUAUCAGAAAAGAAUCAAUUUCCAAAUCAACAAUUCGGAAAAACAAAAAAUAUACAAACUUUAUCAGAGUCAAGAAUACGAACUUGCCAAGUUCCAACGAAAGCAUUAAAUGAACGAAAAAAAGAAAACCCAGCAGAAAAUUCGAAGAUUCAAUUGAAUGAAAAUUAUCAGAAAUCAAUGACACGCAUUCUUGAAAAUCGUAAGAAGAGCAUGUCAAAAUUGCGAGGCCUUGUAAUACCAACUAAAGUUCCUGAAAUUGAUUUAUGUUCCAAAAAAGUUAUUGGACUUCCAGUUAUAAAGAGCAAAGAUUAUGAGAUGAUUAGUGGAAGGAAGUUACUGAAUGCGAAUCUGCACAAAAAAGAAUAUUUGGAUGGAUCAGCUACAAAUCUCAAGACUAUUAUUCCACCAUUAAAACCUCCUCGAACUUCAUUAACAUCUCAAUCAAUUAUGACCAUAAAUACUGAUGAAAGCGAUACUGACUUUGGCUUAAGUUCAGAUUUAACUACAUCAUCUACAUUAGGUGAUGUUUCCCCUCAAAUGACUCUAACUCGUAGCGUAAGUUGUGAAACUAAUACUUCAAUUAGCUCUAGUUCCACCCUGACUUCUGGUUCUGGGUCUGGUUCUCAAGCGAGUUGUUCAUCAAAUAAUUCAAUUUCAAGUACACGUCCAACUAAAUCCACAGAAUUUGCAACGAGUAGAAAAUCUAUUCUUGCAUUAUCUAAAAGUCGGACUGGUCGAGAGUAUUUGGAUAAAUCAUGGAACGAUGAAGAAAGUACUGAUGGAGGAAAUGCUGAUGAUUUCAGCCCGAGAAAUUCUAAAUCAAAAGCGACUAUGCAAUCAAUUGUAAACCAUAAAGUUGCAUCACUUAAUGAUAAUUUAGUUGGAAAAACUAUUAAAAUUGGAAAGCAAAUCGAAAUUCUAUCAUCCGAUUCAGAUGAAAAACCAAAUCAAAUGCUUUCUAAAGUCUCAUCAAAAAGUUCUAUUGAAAAAGAAAAUCUUUCGAGUAAAUAUAAAAAGAAAAAUCUGACAGAUUCGGGAAAAUUGACUCGUCAAACAGAUUUGAGUAACUCUAAUAAAAAGACGCAAUUAGAAUCUAAAGAAUACCCAAAAUUUGUAAAAAACUUGGUGAAAAAACAUCAUAAACCAAUCAAUUUGUCAGAAAUACGAAAAAACUUUGAAAAAUCUACAAUAAAUUCUGACACUCAGUCAUCAGUCAUUUCCGUUUUUCCGUGUCCUAUUAAUAAUACAAAGGAAAACGCAAUGAUAGAUCACAAGCGUUUUUCAUCGUGGGAUUCCUUUAUAUCGUCAUCUUCAGGCGUUUCCUCUGAAAUUCAAGGUUCAGGAAACGGUACUAAUAAUUCAGAGUCUUUACAAACACUUCCUUCAGACUUUGGAAGCUUUUCCUCUUAUGAUAGUAGUCAUAGUUUGAUAACAUCACAGGACUUGCAACUAAUAAUCGAUGAAGCUGAUCCUCCACUGAACACAACAGAAGUUUUUGUUGUUGUAUUACAUCGCGAAGUACCUGAGUCAACUAUAGGGAUCACACUAGCUGGUGGGUCUGACUACGAGGCUAAAGAAAUAACUAUUCACAGAAUAUUGAAAAAUUCGCCUGCAGACAAAGAUGGACGUUUAAAAAUAGGUGAUCGGUUAUUAUCAAUAAAUGGACUUAGCAUGAGAGGUUUAACACAUCGAGAAUCGCUGAGUGUUCUAAAGUCUCCAAGAACUGAUGUUGUGAUCGUUGCAACGAGAUCCGAAUCGAAUGAGAAAGCGAAAUCAGUUUCAAACAUAAUUUCUGCAACUAAAGUUGAGUGCAAACUUAACAAAAGAAAGGAAACGGAAUCAAUUUUAAAAGAUGAUGUUAAAUUCAAUGAAAGGGAAUAUGACAUGUUUAUGGAGAAAGACGAAACAGGAUUAGGUGGUGCAGCUGAGAAAACAUCAAAUCUAAAUGUUGGUGAUGAGAUUCUUGCAAUUGAUGGAAAAUCAAUUGUAAAUCAAACCCGAAUUGAAGUUUGGAAUAUGAUUAAAAAAAUUCCACAGGGCAAGACUGUACAACUAAGAUUAAAGAAAAAAGUUUAAGUUCAAAAAGGAACUUUUAUUUUUAAUCUUAACUAAAUGCCUACACUUGCCUUUUCUUCAUUUUUGAAUCAUAAUUUUAUUUCAAGGUAUAAAAUUAUUCUGAUUUGUGAAAAUGAAGUCAGUAAAGAUUAUUUUGAAAUAUGCAAGCAUACAUUUUUCGUACUUUUUAACAAUCAAUAUGAUAAUUUUAAAUGAUCGAAUUUGAUUCUAAGGUUUUUUCACUCCAUUAAGUAUUUUUGGUAAUAAUUUUACAUUUUCAAAUUCAUACAGUUGUUUAAUUUAAAAAAGUUAAGAGAAACUUUAAUUAAUUUAUGUAGAUAAUUUUGUAAGUGCAAUUUCGAAG